AUGGAGGAGGGUGUGGAGUUUGUCAACAGUGGACUCAGCUAUUUGGAAGUUGUUCUCAGAGCCUUGAGUCCGAGCGUUUUGGGGAAGUCGUCUUUAUUAAAACGUUACACUGAAGAUCUGUUCCUGGACACCAUCAACCAGACGGUGGGCGUCGACUUUUACGUGCACUUCCUGGAAGUGGAGCCCGGCAUCAGAGUCAAGCUGCAGUUCUGGGACACGGCGGGACAGGAGAGGUUCAGGUCAGUGACUCGAUCUUAUUACCGCAACUCUGUGGGAGGACUGCUGGUGUUCGACAUGACCAGCCGCGCGUCCUUCGAGCACGUGAAAGAGUGGCACGCAGAGGUGUGCGAGCGCGUGCGGCCUCACACUGUGGUGUUUGUGCUGGUGGGACACAAGGGCGACCGCGAGGAGCACGGGGACAGAGCCGUGAGCAGAGAGGAGGCGGAGAAGCUGGCCGGACACUUGGGCAUGCCGUACGUGGAGACGUCGGCUCUAACCGGGCACAACGUGAGGCAGGCGUUUGAGAUGGUGGCACGGCGUGUGUACCAGGGGCUGCUGAGCGGAGAGGUGCAGCUGCAGGAGGGCUGGGACGGGGUCAAGUGUGCCGCCCCUCAGGCUCUGCAGAUCCGGAGGGCCAGCAUGGCACGGACCGCCUCCAGAGACGCCAAAGAGAAGAAGUGCUGCGCAUCGGCCUGA